AUGUGUGCCAUCGAUGAAGGAAUCCCGGCUCCAGAGGUCUCCGUCCGGGCAGGUGCAGGCGCGAAGGAGGCAGAAGCUCCGCAGCCAGAUUGCCGCCCUCGGCCUGCUGAUUGCGCUGGCCAGCUCUCCUGGACGAUGGUGUUGAUGAAGAUCGGCUGCCCCUCCGGCCGACGAGCGAGUGUUUGCGGUGUUGGGUGGGCCCGUCCGCCCUCCGCUGGCCCGUUGCCGGAUAUGCUGAUCACGGGGGGCCUGCCUGGAUAUUGGAAAUACAAGGUUCAGCCCCCUCCCCCGGGGGCUCCCCUAUUUCAGCAGCUCGCCUCCCCCUCCACCCGCCGCUUCUCGCCCUCAACCACUCCGGACCAGGAUGCAGACCGCCAGCCCCAAGUUCCUCGGAUCCAAACACACACACUGUACGCGGUCCUGCUGCUCUCCAUCUCGCUCCUCACGCUCUCCGACCUGCCCUCCUCGACCGCCCUCCUCUUCGAGCACGAGGCGGGCGAGGAGGAGGACGACGACCUGCUCAACUCGCGCACGGUGCUCGACCUGGCGAUCGUCUUCCUGCGCCUGCUGGCCCAGUCGGCCCUCGUCUCCAGUCUCGUCAGUCUCACGGGGACCAUCCUGACCCGGGCGAGUCUGCAGGUGCCGUUGAAGGCGCAGGCGAUGGUCAACCUGCUGCUGAGCGCGUUCGGGACGGUGGUGUUGGGGACGCUGGCGCUGUCGACGAGUCUGAAGACGGCGGCGUCGCACGAGCUGUGCCAGUUUGCGAUGCGCUCCGACAGCCUCGCGAGUCUCUCGCGGACGCCGGACUACCACUCGCCCCCGCCCUCGGCCGGCGGGCCCUCGUUUGCCAGCCAUAACUCGCUCGAUCAGAUCGCCUCUCCAGCCCUCCUGCCCAUCCAUCUCCCCCCUAAAAACACGCCUGCCCAGCAACCCCUCCUCGAAAAACACUUGAUCAUCCUUUGA